AUGAACUACGUGGGGCAGCUGGCUGAAACUGUCUUUGUCACGGUGAAGGAGCUGUACCGGGGCCUCAACCCUGCCACCCUGACAGGCUGCAUCGAUGUGGUUGUGGUGAGGCAGCCUGAUAACUCCUUCCAGUGCUCCCCAUUUCACGUGCGCUUCGGGAAGUUGGGAGUGCUGCGCUCCAAGGAGAAGGUGGUUGACAUUGAAAUCAAUGGGGAGCCUGUGGAUCUGCACAUGAAGCUGGGAGACAAUGGAGAGGCCUUCUUUGUCCAGGAGUCAGAGGAGAAUGAGGGUAGCAUCCCCUCCCACCUCUGCACAUCCCCCAUCCCCAAGGAGCAGAGCCCAGAGGAAGCUGCUCAGCCCUCCCAUGGGCAGGAGGCUACCAGUGCUGAAAUAACCCUGCGCAAGAGGAGGCGACGCAGGAGAAAGCCCAAGAGGAAGGAGGUGUCAGACUCUGAGUCAGAAAGCUGUGAGAAGAUGAAAAGUGAGAUGUCCAUGGAGGAACUAUGCAAGCUGCCAGCCCCAAGCAAUGCAGUGUGUUUAUCCCUCGCUGAUCUCCCUGAUGAAGAAGCCAGGUCAUUGCAGACCCCAGAAAUGUACCCGUACUCCGAUGGGGAGUUGGCCUCUGCAGACAGUCUCACAGUGAACCAUCCAUCUUCUCCCAGAAGUGACUCUGAACUGGAGAUCAGACCACAGGAGAAUUUUGCUUUAGGGGCUGAAUCCCACGUGCAGUGGAUCUGGGGAAGGCUCCCUCAGGAUGAGAAAGGCAUUCCCAAGUUGAAGGACAUCCCGAGUGCUGUGGGGGCAAAGAGCUUGUUGGGGACUUCCUCAGUCUCACAAGAGAAACAGGAGAGAGAGAGGAGUGUUGUGCCAGAGGUUCAGGCAAGUGUGGAGCCCUUUGAGGAAGCCACUGCUCUGAGGCAGGCAGGCUCAGAAGGCCCUGAGUCUCAGCUGGAGAGGCAGAGGAGGCAAGGAUCCAUGAAAAGAAGUCCUCACUUGGGUCCCAGUGAUGUUUACCUGGAAGACCUCUCCAACCUGGAUGAAGAGCAGGUGGCUCUGUAUUUCCCCAGGAGUGACACAGAGCAGAGUUCAAGGCCUGUGACAGACCCCAGCAGCCCUGUGUCUGUCCAGCUGCCAUCCAACUUGCCUGCUGACAGCCCCACAGACUCCGACUCGGUCUCACUGCCCACAGUUGCCCUGUCCCUGUGUGGGGGCCUGGGGGACAGCAGGCAGAUCUCUCACGAGAAGUUCAUGGAGUGCAUGGUCUCCUACCAGCAGUUUGCUGAGAAUCCAGGGCUCAUCUAUGACCCGAACCUGGUGAUACUAAUCAACAAGAAGUAUUACAACUGGGCAGUGGCUGCUCCCAUGGUCCUGUCCCUGCAGGCUUUCCAAAGGAACAUUCCUGAGAGUAUCAUAAACCAACUGGUGAAGGAGAAGAUGCCCAAGACAGACAGAAGGUGGUGGUUUUCCUGGAGGAGGAGAGAAUUCCCAGCAGAGGAGCAGCAGUUGAGGCCAAGGAAAGCCAGCGUGGGGACACCGCAGCCUGACUCUGCUCAACAGAGGCAGGAGGAAGAGGUGUCAUCCAGUGAUGAUGAGCCCCUGCACCCUGGGGACAUGUUGGCAAUGGAGACUCCUGCUCAGAAACCUCUGCCAACCUACAAGAAAUCCCUGCGGCUCUCCUCUGAACAAAUUGAAAGGUUGAACCUGCAGGAUGGCCCCAAUGAAGUGGCAUUCAGUGUGACAACACAGUACCAGGGCACGUGCCGCUGUGAGGCCACCAUCUACCUAUGGAACUGGGAUGACAAGGUGGUCAUCUCAGACAUUGAUGGCACCAUCACCAGGUCAGAUGCUCUUGGACAUAUCUUGCCACAUCUGGGAAAAGACUGGACUCAUCGUGGGAUUGUUAAACUCUUCCACAAAAUUCACCUGAAUGGCUACAAGUUUCUCUACUGCUCAGCCAGGGCAAUCGGCAUGGCCCACAUCACCAAAAGCUACCUCAAAUGGGUCACUGAGCAAGGCUGUGCCCUCCCCAGGGGCCCCAUCCUGCUUGCCCCCAGCAGCCUCUACUCUGCCUUCCACAGGGAGGUGAUUGAGAAGAAGCCAGAGGUAUUCAAGGUGGCUUGCUUGACGGACAUCCAAAACCUGUUUGCCAUGAAUCACCCUUUCUAUGCGGCCUUUGGGAACAGGACCAAUGAUGUCUAUGCUUACAAGCAAGUGGGGCUGCCAGAGAGCCACAUAUUCACUGUCAACCCCAAGGGAGAGCUGAUCCAGGAGCUCAUGAAGAGCCACAAGUCAACGUAUGAGCGGCUGUCAGAGCUGGUGGAGCUUGUCUUCCCUCCCCUGGGACAGAGUGGGAGCAUUGCUCUGGUGUGCCCAGAGUACAGCCACUUUGCCCACUGGAGACCUCCACUGCCUGUUGUUGACUUAGAUGCCUUCUCCUAA